CUGUUAAGUAUAGAAUGAGCAGACACUGGUUCGUCGGCGGUGGCCGACAAGUCAUACGUACGAGGGGACCAUGAGCGCGUCCGCCAAGAAGGAACAAGUCACUUUUCCAAAACGGGAAACAAUUGUUCCCCCGCUCUUGCUCGACGUCAGUCACCUUUGCUAUCCCCCUCGUCACAUUGACUCGAAAGACCUUGCUAAAUAUCCAUCGCCUAUACUUGACGGACACAAUGACUUCGCUGCGCACAUUCCAGACCGAAAUUGAGGACAUCCACAGCCGUGAGAUGGCGAAGCAGCGUCUGCAAGGCGCGCGGCAGCUCAAAGAGAAGGAGAACAAGCACCCGCAGCCCAAGAAGGAGACACACGGGGCGACAGAUGACGAGCAUGCUACGAGGGCUGCAGCCAUUCAAGAUGAGAACGAUACGGAGACGAGCAUGAGGGAGGUUGAGGAGCAGAUCAUGACCCAACUCCUGGCAGGCACGCAGAAAGAACAUGACUCGGCUCGUGAUACCCUUGCCUCCCUCAUUACCCAGCAUCAUGGCGAAUACGUCUUCCGGAUAGGCGUCAGCGCGCCACACACGAAGCUCUUCGCGGGGAAGCUCACGGACGCGGAUGAGGGUUGGGAGGGGAAAGAGCGGACACUGGAGGAGGUCGACACUCUGGUCGAGGGGAUCAGGACAGCCGUCGAGGAGAUCGGGGGGAAGGUCUGCGUGCUCUUCGAAGUUAAGACGGGUCACCCUCGGGCGACGCUACUCCUGCGACUACCCCCUCCGAGCGUCUCUUUGACACCGGAAGUGCGCUGCGCGGUUGUGGGCAAUGUCGACAGCGGCAAGUCAACGACACUGGGCGUUCUGACGCGUGGUGUACUCGAUGAUGGGCGUGGUAGCGCACGCGUAGGCCUCUUCCGCCACAAGCACGAGAUUGAGACGGGGAGAACAUCAUCAGUGGGCAUGGAGAUCCUCGGCUUUGGACCUGACGGACAGCCCAUACUCCCUCAAUCUACCGACCCGAAGGCGGUGCACCGCGAGAAGCUUGGCUGGGAUGAGAUCUCCAAGCGGUCCGCUAAGAUCGUCUCCUUCAUCGAUCUCGCCGGACACGAGCGCUAUCUCAAGACCACAUUAUACGGCUUGACCUCCGGGGCGCCUUCCUGCGUCGUACUCAUGGUCGGAGGCAACGCCGGCCUCAUUGGCAUGUCGAAAGAGCACUUGGCCAUCGCGCUGGCGCUCAAUGUCCCCGUCGUUGUCUGUAUCACCAAGAUCGACAUGACCCCCGCCAACGUCCUGCAAGAGACCAUCAAACAAGUCUCUAAAAUUCUAAUAUCUCCUGGCUGUCGAAAAACACCGGUCUUCGUCGAGUCUAUAGAGACAGCCGUGGAGCUUGCCUCGACAUAUGCAAGAAAUCGAUUAUGUCCUAUAUUCCGAUUAUCGAACGUUGAUGGAAGAGGGUUGGAUUAUGUACGCACCUUCCUCAACUUGCUCCCAUCUAGCGAGGCGGAUGUGGAUAAGUUCGCCGUGGACCAGCCGCUUGAGUUCUCCAUCACCGAAGUCUGGAGCGUCCCCUACGUCGGCACGGUCGUGAACGGGAUCAUCAACAGCGGACGGAUACAGGUCGGCGACCAGAUCAUGUUUGGACCCGACUCGAAUGGGAAUUUCGCGAACACCGUAGUGAAGAGCAUGCAGAGGAAACGAGCGGACGUCACCACCGCCGAAGCCGGGCAAUGCGUCGCUGUCGCGCUGAAGCGUGUCCGUCGAACCGACGUGCGCAAAGGCAUGAUCAUUGUCCAUCGCACCGAGGCGGGCCCGCCGAAAGCCGUCAUGCGGUUUGAGGGCCAGGUUCUAAUUCUCUACCACAACACCACCCUGCAACCGGGAUACCAGGCAAUGCUGCAUACAGGCGCCGUCCGACAAACGGUGAAGAUCCUCUCUAUGGACCACCCACAGAAUGUGCUUCGGACCGGCGACCGCGCAACCGUGCAGUUCGAAUUCAUCAGCCGCCCCGAGUUCGUCAAGGUCGGCAUGAAGCUUCUCUUCCGCGAAGGAAAGACGAAAGGCCUUGGUGUGAUCACCAAACUGUUAUGAAUGAAUUUCGCAGUAGUGCACUGUAGGGUGCACUGCCCGCGCUACUGAUCCCUUUCUUUUCUUGCUGUCUCUUGUAAUAAUUGUCUGUACUGCUAAUCUGGAGGAUCGUGUAUGUUUUAUUGCCCCUGUAUCCCGUCAAUGUUGAUCUCUUGAACUCUUACGGCCCACCCCA